UUUGCCUUAUCGAUUGAUAGAUGUCCAAGCCCGCCCUCCUCGUCUAGUCUACCCACAAGUUGAACGGGAUCAGGGGGACUUGGAUUGGAUACCGAAAUAUGUGGCUCUGAGUUAUUGCUGGGGAGGGAAGAAUGCUGAACAACUGAAGCUGUCCCGUGCAUAUCGGAGUCAACUGAUGAAAAAGCUUCCAUGGGAAGGGCUUUCAGCGGCCCAGAAGGAUGCCAUCACCGCUACCCGGGACCUCGGUUUCAAGUAUCUCUGGAAUGAUGCAUUAUGUAUCUGCCAAGAUGACAGUGACGAUUGGGAAACUCAGGCAAGUCAAAUGGGUACGAUUUAUCAGUGUGCUGCGUGCACAAUUACCAGCCUAAGAAGCAGUUUUGACCAGAAUAACCGCUGGGUUACUCGUGGCUGGACCUUUCAGGAGCAGAACAACUCCCUUCGCAUGUUUCUGUUCUGGCCUGGGGGUAUUCAAUACAAUUGU